CGAGCGCGCGCUCGUGCGCCGCUGCCGCCAUUUUGGAGCGAUCCGAGUGCCGCCCGCGGCCCCGAGUCGGUCUCGAGCCGCCGGCCGGCCGCGCCGGUGUCCGUAGGCGCUGCGCCCCGGGCCGGGCCCAUGUGUGUGCGGCCCGCCCGAGGCCGCCUGGGCUUUGCCUCCACCAGCGCCCUGGCCUCCGUUCGGGCCUCCACACGGGCCUCCGAGGAGCUGCCGCGACGCCCGGCCCGCAGGGCAGAGAUGGGGCCCUGCUUGAUUUGUCACUCAGGCUGGAUUGCAGUGGUGCGGUCCUUCUCAUUGCAGCCUCAGGUGCUUCUCCCACCUCGCCUCCUGAGCUGCUGGGGUUACAGGCAUGAGCCCGUGUACCAGCACUAUCUAUGAAUUCAUCUGUGUCAUUUCUGGGUAAAGAGUUUAUACAUCUUCGACUGAAUGAAAAAAAUUUUUCUUAAAGCUGCAUAUACUCCAAGAAAAAAUCCACAAAUGUUUUUCUGUUUUGCCUGAAUACAUGAUCUAAACAAGAGAUUUCCGCAGAAGGGCUCUUUCAUGGAACUGUGUGAUCAUAUGGGCAACACUUCUGUUUGAAAUCGACCUUCUGUUUGAUGGUUAUGUCAUCCUGAAAAAGCUCCGUGGCCGUCACCAUGUUCUGGAAGUUUGACUUGAACACCACGUCCCAUGUUGACAAGCUGCUGGACAAGGAGCAUGUGACGCUGCAGGAGUUGAUGGAUGAAGAUGACAUCUUGCAGGAGUGUAAGGCUCAGAACCAGAAGCUGCUGGAUUUCCUGUGCAGGCAGCAGUGCAUGGAGCAGCUGGUGAGCCUCAUCACACAGGAGCCACCCCUGGACAUGGAGGAGAAAGUUCGCUUCAAAUAUCCAAACACAGCCUGUGAGCUUCUGACUUGUGAUGUGCCGCAGAUCAGCGACCGCCUCGGUGGGGACGAGAGCCUGCUGAGCCUCCUGUAUGACUUCCUGGACCAUGAGCCGCCUCUCAAUCCUCUGCUCGCCAGUUUUUUCAGCAAGACCAUUGGCAAUCUCAUUGCAAGAAAAACCGAACAGGUGAUUACAUUUUUGAAGAAGAAGGACAAGUUCAUCAGCCUGGUGUUGAAGCACAUCGGCACUUCAGCGCUUAUGGACCUGCUGCUGCGCCUGGUCAGCUGUGUGGAGCCAGCCGGGCUCCGGCAGGAAGUCCUGCACUGGCUGAAUGAAGAGAAAGUCAUCCAGAGGCUUGUGGAAUUGAUCCACCCAAGUGAGGAUGAAGAUAGGCAGUCGAAUGCUGCUCAGACUCUCUGUGACAUUGUUAGGUUGGGCAGAGACCAGGGCAGUCAGCUGCAAGAGGCUCUGGAGCCAGACCCCCUCCUCACAGCGCUGGAGUCCAGGCAGGAUUGUGUGGAGCAGCUUCUGAAGAACAUGUUUGACGGGGACAGGACAGAGAGCUGCCUCGUCAGCGGGACUCAGGUGUUACUCACCUUGCUGGAAACCAGGCGGAUUGGGACAGAGGGCUUGGUGGACUCCUUUUCUCAGGGACUGGAAAGGUCGUACACUGUCAGCAGCAGCGUGCUACACGGCAUCGAGCCUCGGCUGAAGGACUUCCACCAGCUCCUGCUCAACCCACCCAAGAAGAAAGCGAUCCUGACCACCAUCGGUGUGCUGGAGGAGCCCCUGGGGAAUGCCCGCCUGCAUGGCGCCCGUCUCAUGGCAGCACUGCUGCACACAAACACACCCAGCAUCAACCAGGAGCUCUGCCGGCUCAACACCAUGGACUUGCUGCUGGACUUGUUUUUUAAGUACACCUGGAAUAACUUUUUGCACUUCCAAGUGGAGCUAUGCAUAGCCGCUAUUCUCUCCCACGCUGCCCAUGAGGAGAGAACAGAAGCCAGCGGAUCCGACAGCGGGGCGGAGCCUCCGCGUGAGAAUGGGAACCGGAGCCUGGAGACCCCCCAGCUUGCCACCAGCCCCCCUGACAGCACGAUGGUGACCCAUCUGUUCCAGAAGUGCUGCCUGGUGCAGAGGAUCCUGGAGGCCUGGGAAGCCAACGACCACACGCAGGCAGCGGGUGGCAUGAGGCGUGGGAACAUGGGCCACCUCACGCGGAUCGCCAACGCGGUGGUGCAGAACCUGGAGCGGGGCCCUGUGCAGACACACAUCAGCGAGGUCAUCCGAGGGCUCCCUGCGGAUUGCCGAGGCCGCUGGGAGAGCUUCGUGGAGGAGACGCUGACGGAGACGAACCGCAGGAACACCGUGGACCUGGUGAGCACUCACCACCUGCACUCCUCAAGUGAGGACGAGGACAUUGAGGGUGCUUUCCCUAACGAGCUGUCCCUUCAGCAGGCCUUCUCUGACUACCAGAUCCAGCAGAUGACAGCCAACUUCGUGGAUCAGUUUGGCUUCAAUGAUGAGGAGUUUGCAGACCAGGAUGACAACAUCAAUGCCCCGUUUGACAGGAUUGCAGAGAUCAACUUCAACAUCGAUGCUGACGAGGACAGUCCCAGUGCAGCUCUGUUUGAGGCCUGCUGUAGCGACCGCAUCCAGCCCUUUGACGACGACGAGGAUGAGGACAUUUGGGAGGACAGUGACACUCUCUGUGCUACCCGGGUGACAGCCAGAGCCAGGUUUGGAGCCCCCCAUGCUUCAGAGAGCUGCUCAAAGAACAGCCUGGAGUGCAGAAGCCAGGACAGGAAGGCGAGCUCAGGAGACGGAGACGUGCCUGGGACACAUGCCCCCCCGGCCCCUGGGAAGAACGAAGCCCCCCCUGUGGAGGGUGACUCAGAAGCAGGCGCCACGUGGACGGCAGUGUUUGAUGAGCCAGCGAACUCGAUGCCCAUGGCCCCAGGAGUGGUGAGGGAUGUGGGUUCCAGUGUAUGGGCAGCUGGCACCUCAGCUCCAGAGGAGAAAGGCUGGGCCAAGUUCACCGAUUUCCAGCCUUUCUGCUGCUCCGAGUCAGGGCCCAGGUGCAGCUCUCCGGUGGACACAGAAUGCAGCCAUGCCAAGGGCAGCCGCAUCCAAGGCCCCGAGAAAGCCUUCAGCCCGGCUUCCCCAUGUGCCUGGAAUGUGUGUGCCACCAGGAAGGCCCCCCUGCUGGCCUCUGACAGUAGCUCCUCUGGCGGCUCUGACAGCGAGGAUGACGACCAGAAGGCAGCAAGUGCCACGGAUGCUGUGAGCAGGGGUCCCGGCUGGGAGGCCCCACCACUGCCCACAGUGACCAGGACAGAGGAGGCUGUCGGCAGGGCCGAGUGUGCUGACAGCAAGCUGUUAGACCCUGCCUGCCCCAUGCCAAAGGAAGUGACCGCUGCCCCAGCUGUGGCUGUGCCCCCCGAGGCUACCGUGGCCACCACCACAGCACUGAGCAAGGCUGGCCCCGCCAUAGCCACCCCAGCAGUCUCUUCUGCAGUGGCCGUGGCAGCCCCCCUGGGGCCUAUCAUGGCAGUCACAGCAGCCCCAGCCAUGGUAGCCACCCUGGGAACAGUGACAAAGGACGGGAAGACAGAUGCCCCGCCGGAAGGAGCUGCCUUAAAUGGCCCCGUGUGAUGCUGCUGCCCGCCCGGCCACGGCCCGCCUGGUCAGGCUGUACCCUAAUCGAGAAAACUACCUGGUGAUGCAAAUUUUUUUUUAAUUUAAUUUAAUUUUGAAAUAAAUGCUGCAUUGGUAAAGCU